UUAGGAGGAAAAUGAGUUAGGAGUAAAAUUUGAGAAUCGAAAAGGGUACGGCAUAGAUAAAACAAUAGUUUAUAUUAUUUGAUGAUUGCAUUUAAAAGGCGCAGAUAAUUAGAAAGAAAGAAAGUAACUUAAAACUUGAUUUGGCCUGACACUCCAAAAGGGAACACUUUUUCCUCUUUCCUCACUUCAAAGACCCAUCCUUCUUACUUCUCUCUCUUUCGAUUCUCACUUUUAUUUAUUUUUUAACACACAAAACAACUUCCCUUGUACAUAUAAAAAACAAGAAGAAGAAGAAGAAGAAUAACUACCUUAUGGGAAAGGCAUCAAGGUGGUUUCGUGGCCUUCUCGGUCUCAAAAAAUCGGAGCAUGAUCAAUACGUCUCACCUCAGAAGCCACCCAAGGAGAAACGCCGUUGGAGUUUCGUCAAAUCAUACAGAGAACAACAACACGUAGACAACACCAAACAAGCCAUCACAGUCGCUGCUGCCACGGCUGCAGCUGCAGAAGCUGCAGUAGCCGCGGCUCAAGCUGCUGCCGACGUGGUCAGAUUCAACAGCAGUAACGGAAUCAUCCGGAUACGCGAACAAUGGGCAGCCGUUAAGAUCCAAGCCGCUUUUCGAGGCUGUUUGGCAAGGAAGGCACUGCGAGCAUUAAGAGGGCUGGUGAAGCUCCAGGCACUAGUGAGAGGUCACAUUGAGAGGAAACGGACAGCAGAGUGGCUGAAAAAAAUGCAAGCGCUCUUACGGGCACAGACGCGAGUUAGUGCAGCACGAACCCUGCAAACCUCACAGUCAAAUGUAAAGUCAUCUACACUCCACCUCUAUGGUCCAGCUACACCAGAAAAAUCUGAAAGCCCUGUAAGAUCUAGGAGCGUGAAAUAUGAGCAUUCACCUGCACUCAAGAGAAAUGGUUCCAAAUCAUGUCUCCCAAUCAGUGGAAAUAUAUCAGAGACUCAUUUAGAUGAACAAUCAUGGAAUAGAGUAAGAUCACUGAUAAGAACAUAUAGCCGAAGCGAAGAAAAAGCUGAUAGGAUUGUUGAAAUUGAUUCUGGAAAACAACACUUCACCUCAAAACAUAGAAACCUCUUUUACUCAACCAGCGACACUGAUCAUUAUUACAGUCAAAGUUUAACCCCAACAAAAGACUCAAAAUCUCAUCAAUCUGGUCAAAGUCUAUCAUGUGAGGUUCAAUCUUAUUACAAUCCACUAAAACUCAACGAAGUUGAAGAGAGUCCGUUUUGCACUGCAAGCAAUAGUCCUCAAUUUUUAUCAGCAACCUCAAAUGAUGAUGGUUACAAAAGAAGCCCUUUUACUCCAACUAAGAGUGAUGGUUCAAGAAACAGCUACCCUAAAGGUUAUGCUGACUACCCGAGUUACAUGGCGUAUACAGAGUCGUCGAAGGCGAAAGUUAGAUCUAUGAGUGCACCAAAACAAAGGCCAAUAUAUGAGAAAUCUAGUUUAUCUAAUAGGUACUCACUUAAUGGACAUGACAUGGCAAGAUUGGCUUCACAGAAGACAUUUACAUUGCAAACAAGCUUCAGCAGCAAAGGGUAUCCAGGUUCUGGUCGUUUGGAUAAGCUUGGAAUGCCUGUGGGGUAUAGAUACUGAUGUUAAUGUUAAUUUCUGUUAAAAGGGUAUUAUUAUUAUCAUUAUUAUUAUUGUAGUAUCUUUAUUUUGAGGGUGUAAGACUUGUAACAUUUAUCUUGUUAACCGGUUGCUUUUGUGUCAGCUGCAAAUUCUAUUAAGAACUAUGGUCCAUCAUGGACUACCACUUGAAAAAUGUUUAGAUCUCCUAACUAUAUUAUAUAUACUUCUAAGAAAUGAAUUGACUUUAGUUGUUCUA